AUGUCAUAUUGUGCUUUACGUCAACGUCAUUUUAAAUUAGGUUUAACAAAAUUAAAUGAAACACGUCAUCGUCUUGAUUUAUGUCAAAAUCCAUUAAUAAAAUCAAUACAUUGGAAUGAAAUAUAUUGUGAUGUAUAUUUAAAACAUCAUCAAAUACAAUCAUCAACAUCAACAUCAACAUUAUCAAGUUUAUUAUCAACAAGUGUUGCAAAAAAAUUUAAAAAAAUGGAAAUUAAAAUUUCUUCAUUAAAAAUAAUUGAUCAACAAACAGUACAAUUAAAUUCAAAUUAUAUACAAUUAAAUUCACAAUUUUGUCGAACAAUCAUUGAUUUUUUACUUGCACAACCACAAGGUUAUUAUAAUUAUGAACAAGAUGAAAAAAUUCCACAAGCUAAAGAUAAACAAUUAGAAAUGUAUUUAUAUGGAUUAGAAAAUAAUAAUAAUCAAAUUCAACAAGCUGAUCUAUUAAUUUAUGAAUUAUUUAAUAAAUAUAUUCAUAUAUUAAAAGAAAAUAUUGAAAAACAAGAAACUGAUUUACAAAUUAUUCCAGUAGGUUU